AUGAUGUCAACUGCUGUCUCUCACGAUGCAGCCUCAACACUGCGGCCACGGGCCACAUACACUGCACCCACCCCUGAAACAGACCCGGGCCUCAAGCCGCCACCAGAUAAACCGGGUCUAGAUAGAAGUGGCCACUCCACUCCCGUCGCAGAAGAUGCUCCCCCCUCGGCGCACUCGAUAUCGACAGCUCGCAAGCAGGUGCGAGCUCGCAAUCGUCUAUUCUAUACCAUUGACUAUGUGCCACGAGUGUCCCAUUUCGAUCCCGAGAGCGACUACCACAAUUUCCGGGGAUUUUUCAUUCUCUUUUGGAUCUCCUUGGUCAUUAUGGUGGUCACGACUGGACUGCGCAAUAUCAAAGAUACCGGAUACCCACUGCGUGUGAGAGUCUGGAGUCUUUUGAGUGCCAAUUUAUGGGAAAUGGGAAUGAGCGAUUUGGCCAUGGUAGUGAGCUCUGCGCUUGUUCUGCCGCUGCAUCGGCUCUAUCGCCGUGGACCAAAGUGGCUACAGUGGUCUCGCGGCGGUAUGGUAGUUCAAUGUAUUGGCGAAGCGGUUUGGCUCGCUGUCUGGAUCAAUUGGCCAUUUAUGCGCCUGUGGACUUGGACUGCCCAAGUCUUUUUUACCCUCCAUCUCUUGACCAUCCUGAUGAAGCUCCAUUCUUAUGCCUUUUACAACGGUCAUCUAAGCGAGACCGAGCGUCGUUUGAAUGCCCUCGACAAACAAGUUGAGGUAACGCCGGGUUCCUCUCGAGAAUUUCACUACCCAGAUACGUACGGUCUGCGGCCAUCAAUCCCUUCGCAAGAUGAGGAUUCUAUUUCCGAGCUAUCUCGUCUCCGUGAGGGCUUAGCUACAGAGCUGACAUCUCCCUUGGGCAACAUCUCUUACCCGCAGAAUCUCCACAUUGAAAACUACGUGGAUUAUCUUUUCUGUCCUACUCUCUGCUAUGAGCUCGAGUAUCCCCGGCGACCGGAGCGUCGCUGGUCCGAGAUUGGCUAUAAGACACUGGCUGUAUUUGGAUGCAUUUUCCUGCUGACGUUGACAAGUGAGGAAUUCAUUGUCCCUGUCCUAAGCGAUGCCAGUGGCCAGUUACAUCUCUCUAUAAACAUUGCGGAAAAGGCUCUCAUUCUGGCAGAGACCAUCAGCAUGCUCUUGUUCCCAUUUAUGAUCACGUUCCUCCUUGUCUUCCUUGUCAUAUUCGAGUAUAUACUUGGCGCAUUCGCAGAACUGACCCGAUUUGCGGAUCGACACUUUUAUUCCGAUUGGUGGAAUUCAUGUGACUGGCUCGAGUUCUCCAGAGAAUGGAAUAUCCCUGUUCACAACUUCCUUUUCCGCCAUGUCUACUAUCCAUCCCGCGUCAACUUUUCCCGGCCCGUUGCUACAUUUAUCACGUUUCUUGUCAGCUCCAUCUUCCACGAGGUGGUCAUGAGUUGCAUCACCAAGAAGCUUCGCGGGUAUGGCUUCAUCGCCAUGAUGCUCCAGCUACCAAUUGUCGCCGUCCAGAAGUCCAAUUUCUUCAAGGGACGGACGACUCUUAAUAACGCCUUCUUUUGGUGCUCAAUGAUAUUGGGUCUAUCGAUGAUGUGCGUAUUCUACGUGUUGCUUUGA